CUGUGCGUCCGUCAGUUUGUUUGUUUGUUUGUUUGCUUUGUAAAACAGAAAUUAGACAUCCCCACAGCAACGGAGAGAGCUUUCUACCACAGCAAAACCUCGAGAGCCAUUUCUUUCAAAUCUACUUUUCUACUUUAGCACCGUGCUGGACGGAUCUGCCAUAGAGGAUAUAUGUUCGGUAAAGGUGCGAAGCGGAAGCUGGACGAGGAUGAAGAGGGGCUGGAAGGCAAAACGCUGGAGGUGUCGGUGGCGGGAGGGGGAUUAGGCUUCGGUCCAGAGGGCCUGUCCAAGGUGUCAUACACCCUGCAGCGCCAGACCAUCUUCAACAUCUCCCUGAUGAAGUUGUACAGCCAGCGCCCGCUUGGCGAGCCCAGCCUGGAGCGCCGUGUCCUCAUCAACAACAUGCUGCGACGCAUCCAGGAUGAACUCAAGCAGGAAGGCUCCCUGCGGCCGCUGCUACUGCCACCGUCGCCGCCACCCGACGACCCCAUGGACGAGGGCUUCCGUGAGGCGCCUCCCUCCUUUGGUGUUUUGUCAGCGACAGCAACAGCACAGGUAUCCCAGCCUUCGACACUGUUGAUGCCGGUGAUCGCUCCACCACCUUCACCCCACCCAAUGGUGCCUCCCAACUGCCAGGCAUCCCAGGGCUGCCCCAGCCGUGUGGAGGCCUGCCCAGCCCCCCUGGAAGCCUGCCUCACUCCAGCCUCUUUACUGGAGGAGGAUGGUGGAGAUUCAACCUUUUGUGCACCAUCCCCACCCACUCCUCCUCUGUCGCCUCCCCCAGCGCAAUCUCACCCGUUACCUACGGCACUUCUGAGCCAGGCGUCCCCCAGGGUCCCUGUGCCUGCCUCGUCCAGUGACGGUUUCCCCUCCACUCUGAGUGACAUGGAGUUGGGUCCUCCCACAGCCAUAACAAGGACAGCAGCAGCUAAUACUACGACCGUGACUACCUCCCCAGCUCCCAUGCCACUCACCCGGCCCUCCCAGUUAGCACCCCUCUCCCCAACUCCCACAGGCCUACCCAGAGACUGCAGGACCAUGGGUGCUAAACCAGAGGCAGCUGGCGUCUUGCUAGCAGAAGCUCGCUGUGCCGAGCUCCGACCGAUGGACACUCUGCCCGCACUGCCCCCUGGUGGCUUAAUAGACAUUUCCUCUUGUCCUUCCUCCCCUCCUUCUUCUGCAUCACCCUCUGGGUUUCUCUCAGACUUGGCGCUGGACGAUGUCCUGUUCGCCGACAUCGACACGUCCAUGUAUGACUUUGACCCCUGUAUGACAGCGGGGGCUGUGGGCGUGACGGCAGGUGGUGGCCUCGCCAAGCUGUCACCGGUAGUGACGACAGAUGACCUCCUCAAAUCGCUGGCGUCGCCAUACAGCAGCUCCACCCCCCAGGUUUCAGCCAAUCAGCCUUUCAAAAUUGAUCUGACAGAACUGGACCACAUCAUGGAGGUGUUGGUGGGCUCAUGACUCGCAGACGCCUCCAUCUCAGAAACACACAAACAGUUUAAUCCGGAGAACAGACUGGAAUGAAAAUUUGGGAUCGCUUCGGGGGAUUUUUUUGUUGUUGUUUCUUUUUUUUCUAUUUUAUUUUAUUUUUUUUUUUACUUUCUUCAAAGGUCGGUAAUUGUAAACAUCAAUGGUGAUGUCAGUUAGUACUACUAGGACAACUAUUACUACUACACAACACUGUGCAUGCACUGUGCUCGCCUUUCCAAAUAUGGAAAUGAAGUAACUGGGAAACAAAGACACAAAUAAGUUUGUCUUUCUAUACUUGUGAGGACCUCCAAUGAUUCCAUUCAUUCCCUAACCCAAAUUUAAACCUAAUCCUAGUUCUAAUUUUUAACCUGAACUUAAGCCUUAACCCUGAAGAGUAACUGUAAAUAGAAAAAAGGAGGACCGGCAAAUUGUCCUCAUUCUGGAGGAUUUUGCUGUCAUUUGAAUCCUUGUGAGGACUUCUACUUCUCACAGGUAAAGAAAUACAAGUGUACACACACAUCAUGACACAACACACACACACACACACACACACUGAAUCCAUGGCUUUUAGCAGAUGAGUGCCUUUCAAAAUGACCACUUAUUCAAUUCCUGUUUUUUACAGUGUUUUUUUUUUUCUAGUUCUUUUCACUUUAACAGCCUAGAGAGGUCACUCCUCAAUGUCUUUUUUAAUUUAUUGUAUUGUAUUAAAACUAUGAUUAAGUAAGGUAAUUUCUCACGAUCAAAUAAUAAUUAUUUAAUCUUUAUCUUAUUACAGAUGCUGUUUUAUUUGUUAAGCAAGCAUAAAAAGGUUUUACGAGAAAUACAUUGUUUUACCAGUGUGCUACAUUACAUAUUAGCUCGGCUAUUUAAUUAUGCUUUGGGAAUAGCUCUGAAACACAUUGCCUGGUUGUUUGUAAACUCUUUUGGUAGAAGGAGAUGUCUGUUCUUGUACACAUUGUGUCUAUGAAUUCAGUUCAGGACUUAUUUCUUUUCCUUCCCUUCCUUGUUUUCAGGCACAUAUAACUGUGCUGGAUGCUAUUUUACAUGAGCUUGGUCAUAUGGGCUAGUUAUCAUGCUUCAGUUACAGCAGAAUUCAAAUGAGCUACACCCACAGGAAAGCUAGAUGUGUUUACGUUGGAAGUGUCAGCAGUGCCACCACCAGCUCUUGACUUCCAGUCAGAUGUAAAUGAUCUGAAAAGUCCAACCUAAGCACAGGCUUAAGGCUCUAAACACGUUAAAUUUGGACUCAAAACCAAACAUCUAUCACAGAUUGCAGGGAAAGUCACUGUGGCCCCAGAGUGAUUUCUCAGAAUCGCACAAAGAAAAUUGAGUAUUUUAGUAGAAAUGUCUUAUUUCUGGUUUGGUUCACACAGAAUUAGCAACAUGAGUGACAGACAAAUUACAGCACAGCAUACAGUAUUACACACAUGCCGUAUUUGCAGAGUAUGUUUACUUGUGUUUAGAGAAGGAGCCCUAUAUAACAAACCCGAGAGCUCUGCUCACUUCUGUACAUUGUGCAGUAAGGUUUUGAAGGUCAUCCAUGGAUGUUCAUGGAUGUUUUAAACAUACAGUAGCAGGAGGGCACAGUAUAUCUCUUAAAUAAUUUGAAUGUGUAUUUCCACUGGAAGAAGAAAACCCAAACCACGGUGUUAACCUGAUAGUGCAACCAUUCAAAACUCUACCCCCUGCCCAGGCCACUGUGCAUGAUAUUUGGUACAAAAAGACAAAAAUCUCAUGAGAGAUCCUGAAGUUUUUUUUAAUCUCAGCAGACCACACUCACACAGUUCUAAUAGAAUAGGAAUUCUCAGUUUACCAGUCAAAUGCUGUGUCCACAGUCCAGCCUUUAUAUUCUAUCUAUGUGUGCUGUCUGUAGAAGGUCAAAGUUGAAAGUCCUCUUUACACAAAUUUGCCUUACCCAAUUCACAAGUUUUCACAAAUGUAACUGUGGUGCUCCACCUGAAGAGAGGUAAGAAUGAGAAGCACUGCUGUCAGGCUGCCGACGUUCAAUUAGAAUGAACAGAUGCGGCCACACAGCAAGCUUUUGGAAGGAUUUUGUAUUGUGUGAAUUGCAGUGUCACGUAUUUAGCCAUAUUUUACACAUUACCUAUUCUGAAAUGGACCAACAUGUUGGCACCGUGACAGCUGUAUUCUGAUUUAGUUAGAAAAGGCCUGCAGUGGACACAGGCAUUUGCAGUUCACAGACGUAGCAUUGUUCUCUUCAAAGUGAAACUAGUUGCAACACCACAAGAUAGUACAGAUUUAAGCUUCUUUAAAGUGCAGAGACUCGGCUUGUUUUUGAGAGUAGAUGCAAACAAAACAAAACGUUGUAAAAUGCCUUUUGUUGCUACAAUAUGUAGAAAACUCAUCACCUUGCCUGUUUUACAGUAGUUAGUGCAAUGAGAUUAAGCUGAACUAUCAAAAGAAAAACAUACCCUGGGACACUUGUACUCUUGCUUCACCAGUCAUUAAUAUUCAGUGUGCUUCAGGACUUGGUAUGUGGUCAGGGGUUGAAAUUGUCUUGCAGCUACUUUUGGUAAAAUUGGAUUCUUGAAUUGCUGAAUAUCAGUGCAAAAUGGUGUUUUUUUCAAACGCAUCUCAGUUUGAUGUUUAAAGCUGCAUUCAUUGAUUUUAGAUUUUUUGAUUUUUGGCCACUUAGGGGCAAUAGAACAAGCUCAGAACUAUCACCCUAUGAAGUCGUUUUGGUGAACGUGUUAAAAAAAAACCUUUUCUGUCACCAAACCUUGAAUCUUGUCAUUAUACAUAUCAUCUACAUUUGUCUCUAUUCACAGCAAUAUAAGAAAAAGACACCACAGUGAUCCAGAAAUGCAACACCAGGAGGUGUUGGAAAUAAUUUAUGGUGGACGUUUCCUUCGUACAUAGUAAAGUAACAAAUAACACAAGAAACCCUAAACACCUCUGUGUCUACCAACACAGCCUUUCCAUGGUGUAAAAUGGUAUGUUAACGGUAUUUCUAGCAGUGGUCUCAGCUGGUGGGAGUCAGUGGUUGUUAAUGGGACAGAAUGUGUGAGCUGCAUUUCAGUCUGACUCAUCGUACUGUGUUAGCCAACAGCAGUGAGGCUGAAGUGACUUUAACACUUUGUUCCAAUGGAAGAUCAUUAGUUUCCCAGAGUGCAUUUGACCUCAGCUGAUAUGUAAAUGAACAGCAUUGUAACUGAAUUCAAAGCAGAGUGUGAGCCGAGCACAUAGCAGCACCAACUAAUACUGUUUGUAGAUGACUGUGUCUUGUUUCUUUCACUAUGUUUGAAUUUUGGAGUGCUUGUUUUUCGUCAAUGAAGUUAUUUAUUCAUAUUGUUUUUUUUUCUUCUCUGUGUAAAUAUAUUUAUUUUGGAUGUGAAGUGAACAUUUGGAUUGUAAAUGCGUGUACAGAAUGUGUGGUAGGAAUGUACUUCAGAUAGGAAUGUAUCUGAGUGUGGAA